GUUUUGAUUGGUUUUCCCACACAGUGAGCUGUGAUUGGAUCUGCAGGAGGCAGGAUGUCAGUUUGAACUGUUGGGCAUGGGAAGGGGAAGAUGCUGAGCUGAUGCAGCCGGGGCCACAAAGGCUUCAGGGUGGUUUUUGUACUUUAAGAGGCAUCCUGAUGAAAGUUUGCCUGGACUUUGGGGUGAAAUGGCUAAAAAUAAGCACCGAUGCAGAAAACAAAGAGUCCGUGUGACGUUCAGGUUUACAAAGCAGAAAAGUAUCCUUCCUUCUUCAUGCUCAAGUAUUCUGCCUCCAAACCUUCCAGUUUCACCUUUAAAUCAAAGUAGCUCUUUUAGUUCCUGGAGUUUGACUCUUCCUACCAUAGCUAAAGUAGUGAGGCCUUUGGUCACAGCCAUGUUCUGUUGGUACUGCUGGUGCCAGAAUAGUGUUAUCCAGUUCUCCCAGAUUUUUCAAGUCAUCAGGAAUACGGUAUUCAGUUCACACGCGUGCCUGGAGGAACUAAACAAGCUCAGGGACCGGUUGGAAAAGCUAGAAACAGAAUUUGCCAGGCUUCAAUCAGCAGUUCAGGAAGGGACUGUUGUGCCCUCAGGAAAAACAUCUUGCCAGAUAUUGGAGGGCAGCCAAUGCUGGCGUGCCCAUGAAGCACAUCUGGGCCUUGUGGAAUUGGCAUCCUCGCAUCCUCAAGUUUUGCUGCCAGCUGUGCCACCCCCUCCUCCCCCUCCCCCUCCCCCACCCCCUCCCUUGCCACCUCCGCCAGUACCCCGGUGUCUCAGUAAGACUGAUGGUGCUAAGAAACAGGAGGCCUUGCUAAAAACAGAAGUGCCCAUGCAAGUAACCCUCAAGGAUCUCCUCAAUGUGAAAUUAAAGAAGACACAAAGUUGUCUGAAAAUAGAAAAGAAGCAAUUGCCUUUGCAGAAACAGAGGGCAUUAGUUACCAUCUCAGAUUUGCAAAGCAUUAGUCUGAAGUCCAAAGCUCCAACCCCACCUAAUUUUGCCACAAAUAGUUCAAGCACUCCCAGCAGUUGCCUGGAUUUUCGAAAACACCUGAGAAGGGUCUCUGUUAAGAGGAGCCCAGGUGGAACCCCUUUACUCCACAAAAAGAACCUGGAGACGGGCACAGGAUUGACGCCACUCAUGACCCAGGCACUGCGGCGCAAAUUUCGGCUGGCUCACCCCAAAAGCCCCUCUCCGUCUCACUUGCCCAGAGGAAGCAGCUUUGAGGAGCAAAGUUAACACCGCAUCACCCAGCUGUGUGUUCAAGACCUUCUUGCUGCUAAUCUGGACUCUGUUGGUUACCAGUAACUCUACUCGGACGUAAGGAACCUGUUGUUAAGAAAGUAUGGGGGAAAAGGAUCGGCUUGGUUGGCCUGGAGAGCAAAGCGCUCCUACUCCUAGAGAGACAGGAAGGAGGAGAGUCUGCCCGUCAUCCUCCUGUUCCUCCCUGCUGUAUGUGCUAGAGUGGCUUGGGGAAACCAGUGUUGUGACCAAAAUGGCGCCUGGAGGCUCCUUCAACCACAAGAAGGUGGAAGUGUGUCUAAGACCAAGCUGGAUACCUUUGUACUUCAACAGAAUUUCCAUGUACCUCUGCUUUAAAAGUAAUUUUAAAAAACAA